AUGGAAGAUGAAAUUAUGGAUCUGUACAAGUCAACUCUCCCCUCCGCUGCUGUUAUAAACAAGCGUAACGAUCUAAUCACCAGAGUUUCAUCCACAAUUUCCAACAAAUACGGGUCCAAUUAUGCCGUUCAAUGUUUCGGCUCCACUUGCUACCAAGUUGAUUCCGCCUCUUCCGAUCUCGAUCUCGUCAUGACCGAUAGACACCGCCCAAACGGCUUUGAUCCUUCUGUUGACAUGGAUACACUCCCAUCCGCGUACAACCCCAACAACGUCGCUAAAACCCUCCUCAACCACAAUUUCAAUCAAGUCCAGCCAAUCUUCGCCGCCGUGCCUAUUGUCAAAUUCUCUGACUCAAAAUCCAAUCUCCAGUGCGACUUGAACGCUAACAACCUCUUUGGCAUACGCAACUCCCUCCUUAUCAAAGCCUACCUCGAUCUCAGUCCGAUAGCCAGGCCAGUCGUGCUCGCUGUGAAGAAUUGGGCUAAAUUGCGUGGUUUGAACGACAGCGCUGGUCAAUAUGGCCCUACAACCCUCUCAUCCUACACGCUUAUCCUUAUGGUCAUCUCAUUCCUCCAGGUCGUGGGCCACCUACCCAACCUCCAAGACCCUGACCAGAUCCGUGCAGCAGGCCUGCAAGAGCAGCGUCUCUGGGUGCGUCCCCCCACCAAGCGUCCAAAGGAUCUCAAGAAGGAGCGCUCAAGAUCUGACAAUUCAAAUACAAAUACAAAUUCUCAGUCUGUCUCACCACCUACGAGCAACGUUCGCGUCUCAUUCGACACUACUUUCGUUGAAGCACCCCUGCGCAACUUUGUCCCUUCCCCGCUCUCCCUCUCCACCGCUCUCAGCGGUUUCUUCUACUACUACUCGACGCGUUCCAACAAAAUCGACAACGAUUACUGGCGGGUGAGUGGGCCAUUCAACUACGAGACGAGCAUUAUAUCGAUAAAGCAUGGUGGGUUUUUACCACGCGACGAUCUUUUUGUGGAUCCAUAUAGUGGGAGUGUGAGUGGAGGUGGAGGUGAGAGCGAGAGUGGUGCGAAUAAAGACAAGAACACCAACAAUAUCCAACCAAGUCAGCCCUUGCAGUGGCGUGAACAACUCCUUGUCACCCAGGAUCCAUUUAUCGUUACUCGAAACACUUCCACCAAUGUCCGCUCAGGAACGAGCAGCCAUAUCAUAGAGGAGUUUGCGCGGGCUUAUGAGCUCGUUAGCUGUGGCAAGAGCUAUUCGGAACUAUGCGAGAAACGCACGACGGCAUUCCAAGGCGAGCCUGGGCCUGGUAGCUUCAGACGCCCGCUGAGGAAGAUGGUGAGCAGACGGAAAAAGAGCGGCGGGAAGCAGCCUGCGGAUGGUCAAGAGAGCAAGGAGAGCGAGGGGAGCAGGGAUGCUAAGGUUACUAAGGAUGCCACGGAGAAGGACAGCAAGGCGGAUAAAGAUAAAGACAAGGUAGACAAGGAAAAAAGAGAAGCUGCGAUCAAACGCAAAAGGAAUGCUCGAAAGAAGGCUCUUAGUAAGAGUAAAAGUGCGAGUGGGAAUACUGGUGCCGAUACUGGUGCUACUCCCGCCAAAAUCUCCACAUAG